CAAAGAGCAAGCGAGCAAGCAAAAAGACUCGCAAUCUUUGGAUUGGUUGCAGAAAAAAAGAUCAGGACAAUGAAUUUAAAACUAUGCCCUUAGACCUCUUAGACUACCCCUCCAAGCCUCAGACACCUCGAAUACGGUCAAAAACCCAACGGAAAGCAAACGGUUUCCACGAGAAAUUCAUCGAUCACCUGUAUCAAGCCAGGUUCGAGCAAAGGUUGCUCCAAAGCACAGUCCGAAACAGAGAUUCUUAUCGACCAACCAGAGGACAACAUCGCCGAAGUUUCCGAGGAUCUUAUGCAAGACCUCCUUUUUAUGGGGCCCGAGGAAGAGGUGGUUACUCCCACGGCCAACCACGAGACAACCAAUUUGCCACCUACAACAACACCGGCCAAAGUAAAACAGACUAUGGUAACAACAAUCAACAAUUACCCAACAACGAAGAUUACGAUAUUUCAUCACAUAGAUCCAACCGCGAAUUCGCCUCACCAGAUUUCUACCACAAUAGAAGAAAUUACCAAACACUCAUGGCCGUUGUCAGUGAUAACGAACGGUUACUAUCUUCAGUUUAUAAAGAAAGCAAUACCAUGGAGGACGAAUCAUGUGAAUCGAUCGACCAAGAAUCAACAAGAGAUUAACACUGCAGUCG